AAGAAAACAAAAUGUCAGCCUCCAUGGAAAAUUUGAAAAAUUAAAAAAUGAACAUAAUAUUAGUAUUUCAUUGAUAUCUGAGGAAUAAAACCUGUUCAAACUCACAAUGGAAGAUCGAUUGAUCUGCAAGGAAUCAUAUGGUUCGCAGAAUAUCCACCAAGAUUACGUAAGGAAAUCAAAUGGACACAUUUACAAAAUUGACCGGUCUCGAAGAUCAACUUCACUCAGUCAGUUUUUUAUGGCAGUAUUCCUCCCCCAAGGCUAUCCUGAUACAGUCAGUGAAGACUACUUGGAAUAUCAACUUUGGGAUACAAUGCAGGCAUUUGCUAGCUCCAUAACAGGUACACUGGCCACUAAAGCAGUGUUAGAAGGUGUGGGAGUGGGGGAUGAGAAUGCAACAGCCUUGGCAGCUACUCUCACAUGGCUCAUGAAAGAUGGGACAGGAAUGGUUGGAAGGAUUCUAUUUGCCUGGAUGCAAGGGACUUCUCUUGAUUAUGAUGCUAAAAGAUGGCGCUUGUUUGCCGAUAUUCUGAAUGAUUUUGCAAUUUUCCUGGAAAUCUUAGCCCCACUGUUCAAGGCCUAUUUUACAUUUAUAGUGUGUAUUGCAGGAGUAGGAAAGUCAAUAGUUGGUGUAGCAGGUGGCGCCACAAGAGCAGCCCUGACCCAACAUCAAGCCCGUAGAGACAACUUGGCUGAUGUCUCCGCCAAAGAUGGUAGUCAGGAAACUCUGGUGAAUCUCUCAGCUUUGUUGUGCAGUUUUGCCCUAGUGCCGUUGGUGGGAGACAACCAAAGGUUAAUCUGGGUUCUGUUUCUACUGUUCACUGCUAUACACAUCUUUGCCAACUAUAGGGCUGUUACAUGUGUAAAGAUGGAGUCUAUCAACCAGGCAAGAUUCCACAUUCUCAUAAGAGGCUAUCUGGCUGGAACAGGAGUUGAUCUGAUAGCAAAAGUGAACUCUCAGGAACCAGUAUUUUGGAAAACUCGUAGGAAAUUUGAUGUCUUCCUUGGAACUCAAGUGCAAUACAUAUCAUGUAAAAAUAAUGAUGAUCUGGAAACACUUUACUCUGUUUAUAAAGACCAACACUAUUUGCUAGGAGUGAAUUUAAAAAAAGGAUAUAUCUGUAUUGCCCUACAUGAAGGUUCCAAAGUUGUGGACCAUUUCAAAAGUUGCUACCAGGCAGAAGUUAUAAACUUUGCUGCUCAACAUUCCAGUACUCCACAGAAUAAUGUGUAUCUCAACCAGAUUGCCGAGGGAUAUAAAAAUGGUGAUGUUGAGGCCAUGCACCAAGCAUCCCUGACAUUCACAAAUGCAACAUUCACUCAAUUUAUGGCUGACAUAGAGUCAGUAGGUUGGGUGACGUCACGGUCUUUGCUGGGAGCAGACGAAUGGAGAGCAUUAUGGGAUAUCAAUGGCAUUUCUGACAAGAAAGACUAUUAAUGAUUACCAGUGCUAAUCAGUUUCUAAUAUUCAAGUGUCUACUCUUUCACUCUAUUCACUGCUGGUUUAGAAAGGACCCAUCACAUGUAUUGUCAACGUAACAUAUGAAAGGAGAAGUGUUGAAAUAUGUUUAAGUUACAAUGUGCCUUAGUGAUCCUUAGUGUAAUAAUACCUUUAGUGACUAAACAAGUGAAUAUCUUAAAAAUAAAGCUCAGUCAUCUCACCAGCAUUGAAAAUACUAUGCAUAGACAUUGAAACAUUAAGCAUUGACAUUAAAUGAAUGUGCGUUUGACUUAAUACAUGUACAAAUACCAGUUUAGCUUAUAUCUCCAAUAUGGGCAUGGCGGAUAAAUAGAUGCACUUAUUAUUAUGCAGCAUAAAAAGAUGCCAAACCCAGUUUUCACCCAACUGAGAAGAAUUGAAAUAUUUGAACCAGUAUUUGAAGCCAUGGUUGGAAAAUGACAAAAUAGGGAAUGAUGAAGACAUUAAGUUCAUGGCAAAUCAUGAAAAAUCAUGAAAAAGAGCAUUCAAGUAUUAUUGCAAUCAUAUUAUUUCAGGGUGGCUGCAUUUAUUGUAAGGUGGUAGUUUUUAUUUAUAGUACACAAUUUUGUUUCAUUCAUUGAUAUAAAAAGUCUACUUAUUGACUUUAAAUUAACAAGUGCCAAUUAAACGUUCAUGCACAUUAAAAGUGGCAGUAAAGAAUAGAUAUUGUAAAAUGUUAAAUGUUAAAAUUACAUGUACAUGAAUUUUCAAAAUCUGUGCAAAUUAGUACU